AUGGAGUCGGUCGGCGACCCGCGGGAGGGCCCGUCGACGGAGCGGGCGUUCGAGGUGAAGCCCAUCCCGCCGUGGCCGGAGCAAGUGACGGGGCGUGCCCUGGCGGCGAGCCUCGCGCUGGGCGUGGCGCUCAGCGGCGUCAUGAUGAACCUGGUGUUCACGUCGGGGAUCAUCCCGUCGCUCAACAUCUCGGCGGCCCUGCUGGGGUUCUUCCUCCUCAAGGCGUGGACGGGCCUGCUCGGCCAGAUGGGCGUGUCGCACCGCCCCUUCACCCGCCAGGAGAACGCCGUCGUCCAGACCUGCGUCGUCGCCUGCGCCAGCAUGACGUACAGUGGCGGGUUCGGAUCGUAUCUUCUCGGGAUGGACCGGGAGACGGCGGAGAAGACUAGCACCGCGAACAUCCCCGGUGCGAACAUCAGCGAGCCGACGCUCGGCCGGACGAUGGCCUUCUUCUUCCUCGUCAGCUUCGUCGGCCUCCUCGUCAUCGUGCCCAUGAGGAAGACCAUGAUCAUCCGCCACCGGCUGACGUUCCCGAGCGGCUCGGCCACGGCGCACCUCAUCAACAGCUUCCACAACCCCCAGGGUGUCAUGCAGGCAAAGAGGCAGGUGUCGCUCGUCGUCCGGUCGUGCCUGGGGAGCUUGCUCUGGUCCAUCUUCCAGUGGUUCUACACCGGAGGACCCAACUGCGGCUUCACUUCGUUCCCGACGUUCGGGCUCACCGCGUACAAACACGGAUUUUACAUCAAUAUGAAUGGCACUUACGUUGGUGUGGGGAUGAUCAGCCCUUACCUGAUAAACAUCUCGAUGCUCGUCGGCUCCAUCAUCUCCUGGGGGAUCAUGUGGCCCUACCUCCAAACCAAAAAAGGCAUCUGGUACGACGCCAAUCUCCAGGAGACCAGCCUAAAGGGCCUCAACGGCUACAAGGUGUUUGGCGCGAUAGCUAUGAUUCUCGGCGACGGCAUCUUCCAGCUUAUCGUGAUCUCGCUGAGGACCAUACACACCAUGCGCCACCACCAGCUAGCCGCUGAGACGAUCAGGUCCUUCUCCAACGUGGACUCCAUGCCGCGGCCGGCGCUCAGCUUCGACGACCGCCGCAGGACGCAGGUGUUCCUCCGGGAGCACAUACCCAGCACGUUCGCCAUCGGCGGCUACGUCGUGCUGGCGGCGCUCUCCUCCGCCGCCAUCCCGCUGAUCUACAGGCAGGUGCGCUUCUACCACGUCGCCGCCGCGUACGCGUUCGCGCCGCUCCUGGCCUUCUGCAACGCCUACGGCACGGGCGUCGCCGAGACCAACUUCUCGGCGCAGUACAACAAGCUGGUGAUCCUGCUGUUCGCGUCGUGGAUCGGGGCCAGGAACGGCGGCAUCGUGGGGAGCCUCGUCAUCUGCGGCGUCGUGUCGGCCGUCGUGUCCACCGCCUCCGACUUCAUGUCCGACUUCAAGACCGGGUACCUCACCCUCACCUCGCCGCGGGCCACGCUCCUGAGCCAGGUGAUCGGCACGGCCAUGGGCUGCGUCGUCAACCCGCUCGUCUUCACCGUGUUCCACCACUUCUACGAGUCCAACGGCAAGAAGGCGGUGUACGAGGCGCCCAUGGCCAAGGUGUACCGUGCCAUCGCCGUGCUGGGCGCCGGGGACCACGAGCUGCCCGAACACUGCCUCGCCAUCAGCGUCGCCUUGUUCGCGCUGGCGCUGGCCGUGAGUGCGGUCCGGGAGCUGGCCACGCACAACAAGUGGCCUGCGCAGCAUUACAUCCCGAGCGUCACCGGCAUGGCCGUCUCGUUCCUGCUGGUCCCGGCCGUGUCCAUCGACAUGUGCGUGGGGAGCCUGAUCCUCUUCAUGUGGAACAGGACGGACAGGGAGGACGCGCAGGUGUUCGCGCCGGUGUUUGCGUCCGGGCUCAUAUGUGGGGACGGACUCUUCUCCAUACCCUACGCGCUGCUCGCCAGGUACGACGUCACGCCGCCCAUCUGCGUCAGGUUCAUCGGCAGAGUGCAGAACAAGAUGCUGGACACCUACAUGGAGAAGACCGCAGCAUCCCGAUGA